CGUCAAUCUCAGAAAAUCUGCAGGAAUACAGGAUAUGGCUGAUAUGAUGGCUAAGGGGUCGAAAAUUAGGUGGGGCAAUGUGAUCGGAUAUUUGUUCCUCCCAUUCACCAUUGCUUUGCAAGACGACCCAUUGGAUUAUGUUCGGAAAGCAAAGGCCAUCAUUGAUAGAAAAAAGCUCUCACUUGAACCUAUAUUCACAAGUACGUGUCUUGGGUUAGUAUUCAGAACAUUUGGAACCAAGGUUACUGCUACUAUAAUAUGCCGAGCACUCUCCAAUAUAACAAUGGCUAUUUCCGGAAUGAUUGGUCCGCAAGAAGAAAUUAGCUUUUAUGGUCAUCCAAUGGCUUACCUUGCUCCCACCGUUUAUGGGGGCCCAAGUUCAUUGGUUGUCCAUUUUCAAAGUAAUGGUCAUGCGAUGAUUUGA